AAAAAUUUAUUUCAAAUUUUCUCAUCAAUUCGAGAAUUGUCCGAAGCAAGGGAGCAAAGUGAUUUGUUCAAUAUCACUUCAAAAACGGAAACAAAUUGAUAAUGGCAUCAGAGGGAGGUAAUUCGAAUGGAGGAACAUCUGGAACUGGAACAAAAAGUGAACAGGAUCCAAAAGAAGGAAAAAGAUUCUUCAACUUUGUAUUCAAUGUGAACAAAAAAAUCACCGAUGAGACGGAGAUGACUCAGGAUUUUAUGAAUGAUCUCAAACAUUAUCAAGAGUUUGAUGAGACAGUGACAAAGUGUGCUGGAUACUUGGAAAACGUCUUCAUUCCAUAUUCUUCGAAGGGCUCGAAACCUGAAGAGGAAGCAUUCACUCGUCUGGCUACAGCACUUGGUGACUUUAAGAGUUUUGUGCCACAAGCCUACACAGCAAUCUUUGAAAACUUUUCGACAAAGAUGAAGGCAGCUGGCGUUUCGAGAAAAUGUCAUCAAGCGUUGCAAGCCCACGAUCUUCGACAUAUGAAAAAGUUUCAUACCGAAAGUUAUGAAGCUUUUGUUGAGCAGAGAAAGAAGUUUGACGAAUCCCGAAAGAAAAUGGACCAGGCAAAGGCGGACGUUCGUGAUGCAAAAACGACGACGGCGAUUGAGAAGAAAGCAAUUUGUUAUCAAUUGACUGUCGACGACUUUGAUCAGAAAACGGAAGAGCUGAUCAAGAUCAUAGAGGCUCUGCCAAAAGUGAAACAAGAAUAUGUUCGUGACAUCUACUUGAUUCUCUCGAAGCACAAACAAUUUCAUGCUGAUAUGAGCAAGUUCUUCGCCGCUAGUUGUGUCCUCUGAUAACUUGAUUAAUGAAUGUAUUUGAUUUA